AUGGCGGCCAAUGUACCAAUGGGGAUGCGCUCGCUCGUGGCGCUGAAGUACUGCUUGCCAACCAAGUGGGAAGUGGUCGAUGUGCCGGUGCCGAAGAUCAAGGGCCCCAAGGAUGUGCUGGUCAAGAUGCACGCUGCUGGCAUAUCGACGGGUGAUACGCAGAUUGCGAGAGGGGGUACGAGGUUUUUGAUCGAUGGGUUAAAGUUUCCCCAUAAGAUAGGGGUCGAAGGCGCGGGAGUGGUCGUCCAAGUCGCGUCCAAAUCCUCGCCGUUCCAACCCGGCGACGAGGUCUACGCGUUCGCCAUGAGCCGGCCGAUGGACGUGACGGCCCCGCACGGGUUCUGCUCCGAGUACGCGGUCGUGAACGAGGACCUGAUGCUGCGCAAGCCGGCCAACUGCUCCUUCGAGGACCUGUGCAACCUCGCCAGCACGGUGACCGCGUACCAGGCUAUCGAGCAAGCGCUAGAGAAAAUGCGCGAGAACGGCACGGCGGACGGGCUCGCAGGGAAAACGGUGUUCGUGCCGGCGGCGCUGAGCGCAACGGGGUCCGUCGCCAUACAGCUGCUGAAGAACGUGUACGGCGUCGGGCGCCUGCUAUCUACCGUGUCCACGCCCAAAGUCCCGCUUGUCGAGCAGCUCCUCCCGGGCCUCGUCGACCAGGUCGUCGACUACACCAAAAUGUCCAAACUGACGGACGCGAUCCCGAAGGGCACCGUGGAUCUGGUGUACAACACGAUCUUCGGCGUGCGCAGCACCUUCGCGCUCGCGAAGCCGGAAACGGGCGUCGUCGCGUCCAUAGCCAGCGUCCCCGACCCCGCACUGCUGAGAAAGAUGCUCCCGCCGCUGCCGUGGUACGCGUACGUGUUCGCGGCGCUCGCGCAGUGGCGGUACGCGUGGGCGCUGCGCGGGACAAAGGUUAGGCACUUCAUGCACUCGGGCCAGCCCUCCGUGCGGGCGGACCUCGAGCGCGCUGGAGAGUUUAUGGCGGCGGGGAAGGUUAAGUCUGUGGUGCGGGUGGUGAGGCUGGAGGAUAUUGAGGAGGUGAGGAGGGAGGCGAUGAAGGUUGCUACGGGGAAAGGGGGGGUGGGGAAGUUGGUUAUUAAGAUUGUGUAG